UCACUCUGUGACUCUCUCUCACACGCACACACACGCGCACGCGCACGCACACACACACAGUGACAGGCGCACACACACACUACAGCUUGCCCGGAUCGCUUUAAACUUUGACCACAACUCCAUAACAAAGCGUUUAGAUGUCACAGACUCUCCGGUCUGAUUCACGGCUUUAGUACUAAUGUAGGUUUUUGUACUUUUUACUUUUACACGAAACUUUUCUUGCUUUUUUUCUAUCGCGUUCUUUUUCCUGUUUAAUCCGCGCUCUUGUGCGCGCCGUCGCGGCUGUCACUUGUGCGCUGCCACCUCUAUGUGACGCUGGGCGUUUGUCGGUACCAUGGCGGAAGCGGCCCAGCAACAGCAGCAGCAACAGCUGGUCGACAUCGACCCGGACUUUGAGCCCCUGUCGCGGCCCCGGUCCUGCACUUGGCCGCUGCCGCGGCCCGAGUUCACAAACCCCGCAGACUCGAGCACGUCCUCGCCGGCGCCUUCGGUCAAGCACGAGCCGAGUGGCACAGCUGACUUCCUGACGAGUCUCAGUCUGCUGGAAGAAUCCGAGGACUAUCCUGAUGACAAGCCGCUCGUCUUGUGCCCGGAUUUCCAGUGCCAAGAAAACUGCGGGCACCGACAACAGCAGCGGCCACCGAUCCCCGGCGCUCCGCUUCCCCCACAGCAGCAGCAGCAGCAACAGGUGCCGUUACUUUCCUCCUCGUCCACAGCAGCGGCGCAGAGGAAGAGCGGCUCGGCGCGGCGCAACGCCUGGGGCAACAUGUCAUACGCUGACCUGAUCACCAAGGCCAUUGAGAGCUCACCGGAGAAGCGCCUCACUUUGUCUCAGAUAUACGACUGGAUGGUGAAGAGCGUCCCUUAUUUCAAGGACAAGGGCGACAGCAACAGCUCCGCCGGCUGGAAGAACUCGAUCCGGCACAAUCUGUCUCUGCACAGUCGCUUUGUGCGAGUACAGAAUGAGGGGACGGGGAAAAGCUCAUGGUGGAUGCUCAACCCAGAGGGUGGUAAGAACGGCAAGUCACCUCGUCGUCGUGCCGCGUCCAUGGAUAACACCGGCAAGUUUGCCAAGAGUAGAGGGCGUGCUGCCAAGAAAAAGUUGGGCCUUCAGGGUGGUCCUGAUGCUGGUGCUGAUAGCCCAGGCUCUCAGUAUAGCAAAUGGCCCGGCAGCCCCAACUCACAUAGCAAUGAUGACUUAGAGGCCUGGACAACAUUUCGCCCUCGCACCAGCUCCAACGCCAGCACAGUGAGCGGUCGUCUUUCACCCUACAUGCCUGAGCAGGAUGACUUGACUGACUCAGACAUGCACAUGGUCUACUCAGGCCCCAGUUCAUCUGCCAAAAUGACCUCUACUCUCCCGAGCCUUUCGGAGAUGACUAGCUCCUUGGGCCAUGGCAGCACAGAGAAUGUGAUGGAAAACCUUCUGGACAAUCUCAACCUGCUCUCGCCAAAUAACCCUGGAUCAGCUGGAGGCCCCAGUUCAAGCUCCAACCAAUCAUCCCCCUCCUCUCUCUUACAAAGCAGCCCGGGAUAUGCACCAUACAGCAACCAGCAACCCCAGCAAGACUACCGCAAGUGCAUGUAUGGCCAGGCCAGCAUGGGAAAUCUGUCCUCUAUAUCAAUGCAGACAAUGGAGAGCAAGCCCUCUUUCCCACCAUCUUCUGGAUCCAUGGGGCAGUUUAACUGCCCAGCAGGGCUCCUUAAAGAGCUCCUGACCUCUGAUUCAGACCCACAUACAGACCUCAUUCCUUCUGUAGACAGCGUGGUCUCCCACACAGCUGGCAGAGGAGGACGCAUGCUGCCUUAUGGUAGCGGGCGACCCGAACUAAUGGGGGGUGGCGCCUCCCAUGGCCAUGUCCUGUCUCAUUCUCACAGCAUACAUGGCCAGGCACCACCUACCUCCGUGGCUCUGAAUGGCCGUCCAAUACAUCCUAUGAGCAACAUGACCCACGGAGGACGUAUUGGGUCAGUCAAAUCAGCUAUGCAGAUGCAAUAUGGGGCUUCUGGUCACAUGGCUGGAGCUAGUGGGGCAGGAGGGGGAGGACUCCCCUUCUGCAACAUCAAUGGGAAUGGCUAUGGACCUGGACCAAGCCUGCCCCCCAUUCAGCACAUGGAAAAGCUGCCAAGCGACCUAGACGGCAUGCCUGUGGAGCGCUUUGAGUGUGACAUGGAGUCCAUUCUUCAUGACACACUCAUGGACGGAGACACGUUGGACUUUAACUUUGACUCCAUGUCGAGCCAGCCAGGGUUUCCGCCACACGGGGUCAAGACCACUACUCACAGCUGGGUGUCAGGGUAAAGGAAAGACCUUUCAGCCUCUCAGACAAGAGAGGAAGACCCCAAAGAGGCAAUUCACACACGUUCAAGCUAUGCUCUCUUCAGUCGCUUCUCAUCACAGACAUUCUUCUGCUUUAUCCCAGCUCAGCCAUGGAUGUAAUGUGACUGCACUUUGCCAAGGACGUUCGUUCAGUUGGGAACUGAAGGAGGAGGCUCCUGCUCCAGCAUUGUAAUGCGCCUUCAAACCAAGUGCCAAACCAGGUGCCUGUGCUCCUUAGCCAAAUCAGAUGUGCUUUAUUUUGCUACCAGUGGUCAAAUCAGGGCAAAAAUGGUGUGGUUCACAACUAAGACUUUAUUAACUGCAGCAUGCAUACACUUAUGCAACUACAGAUCUUCAUACUUAUCAGAACCAUCAAUCAAAAUCUUUACUAAAUUCACACUGUGACCAGGUGACACUCUAAAUUAAAGCACCUAUUCUUAAAUUCAUGCCUUUUGUCUUCACCAGCCCUUUAAAACGUCCAUUGCAUGGUUAUGUAUACCUUUGCUGUACAUGUCUAGCAUGCUGUUAAGAGUCCAACCUGCUGCCUUUCACUUUCUUAUGUCUACAUUCAAUGCUUAAUGCCAUAGAUAGCUCAAAUUUAUCCUUAAUGGGAAAAAUAACUGGAUCCUAAACAUUUGUGUACAUUUUUUAUGUGGAGAAGGUCCUUUUCUUGGCAGGGCCUGGAAGAAGCUUAGAAAAAAACUCUGACUAUGUUACAUGAAAUAUUACAUCAUUUUCUGUUUAUGUAUUUGAAUCACAGCAGACAUACUUCAUACUUUUUAACAAGAUUUUUGAUUAGUCAUGUACAGAGUGUUUACACGAAGAAUUCAGCAAUCAUUGCAGCAGAUUUGACAAGUUUUGUAAAUUGAGAGAAACUGUAUCUGACACUUGACUUUUUGGUUGGCUCAUUCUUACUUAUAACUGUGUACACCUUUCCACAUUUCCUGUAAAUAUAUAGUAAAUAUAUAUGGCAGAAGUA